GAGACGCGAGCGCCGCGUGGACGCCGAGCGCAGCCUGCGCCGGCGCUUUGGCUACUCCCCAGUGAUUGGUUCCUGUCUUCUGGGACGCUGUAGUAUAGUUUUCACUUUCUCUCUUUCUUCUUCUUCUUUUUUUGUCUCAGUCCUUUUCCUUUGGCCACAAGGUUUUACUUCCGGUUGCUGGCUCCCGUCAGCGAUAGAGUCGACAUGUUCCCUCAGGCGGCCCGGCGGCCGGGGAAUGGUUCUCGCUUGUGACCCUGAGGGGAGACUGGGCGCUGUCCCGGGUGCGACGUGGAGAACGCGGCGUUUCUCUGAGGAAGUGCUGCUUUCGGGAAGCGCCGGAGCGAGCACUCGAUUUUGUGCACGCUUGCCGGUUGGCAGGAGCGGACAUGGAAAAGCAUGGGGAGGAAACUGAGGCGUGAUCUGAAGUUCUCGGGGACGGCUGCCGCGCCAAGGACAGAUGAAAUUUAGAAUCAUCUCUUCAAAUACUAUAGACAAUCUUGAUGGGAUAUUGUUUGUGGUUGCAGUGAAUUUGUAGACUAAUUUGAGAAGAGACAUUGUUUUGAGUUUUUUCCUGAGAAUAGUUUACUGAAGCAAUUCUCCUAAAGCCUUCACCAACAGAAUACAUUGCUAACCUUGUGGAUUUUUGAUCUGAUAAGUGAAAUUUUCAAGAAAGUGUCCUUGAAUUCAAACUCUGUCUUCCAGAGAGCAGUUUCUCUUCUUCAUACUUCUUACUUGGACUCUGCAUCUGAGCCUGGCUUUCAGUAUAGUCAAGUGACUUUGGUGAAAAAUGACAUUUUCUUAAAUGAGUACAGAAACUUUUACCAACAAAAAAAGGCCAGUAACUAUACUCCAGAAGAACUUCAAGAAACUUACGGGUUUCUUCUGUUUGAAACUGAAAACCAGUAUCUUUUGUUUGAAGGCAAAAUUGGUAUGUCAGCGUGGACUCUGUGUUGGCAGCAGUUCUAUUACCACUCUGGGUGAUCCAUCUAAAGGUGUAUACGUUUCGAAAUACUCAGACUAUCUUCAUCCAAGACCGUGGUAUCAUGGGAAAUCCGGCUAUAUUGUAAUAUUUAAUCUAAUUAAGGGAAAAGUCAAGUUUGUGUCUGAGAAUUACACGACUAACUAUACUAGGCCAUCUUCUGGCUAUGAUUGCCACGUGGCUGCAGAUACAAACAAGGUUUCUCAUAAGACGAGUCAUUUUCGUGCCUUUGAAUUGAGUCAGUAUUACCUCUAUGAACUUUCAGGCAGUACUGUUACUAAGCGACCAAGACAGCUCUGUCCUUAUGUAAUUGUAGCUUUUAAGUACAGGGAACCUAAAAUGAUGGCAGCAUCUGUUUAUAAAAGCAUACCUGAACUCACUGAAAAUGUUCUUGUUCCUCCAUGGAAAGGGAAAUUAAUUAUUGGAGGUUAUAUGCUAUGUGAUAUAACACUUCGGUCCACUUAUGGUGUGGUAAUUCCAACACAACUACCACAGGAGCUAGAUUUUAAAUAUGUAAUGAAAGUGUCUUCUUUGAAAAAAAGACUCCCAGAAGCUGCUUUUAAAAAACAGAAUUACUUGACACAGAAAGUCUGUUGCCAAGAUUUAUGCUUCAGUUUGUAUGAUGUGGAACUGUCAAACAGACAAGGGGAAGAAAUAGAUAAGCUAAUAGAAUAUAUUAAAAAUAAGCAGUUGGCAAUCAUCAAAUGCUUAGAUGAUCGAGGUUUUUUUAUUUUACUUACAUCAUCAGCCUUAAUAUCAGAACCAGAUUUUGGAGGUGAGCAGAUAGGUGUAAUUGGGUUACAUUUAAGCCAUUCAUCCCUGUCAACAGAGGUGAAAGAUUUGAAAGUUGAAGAUGACAUCUUCUUGAAGGCAAUACCUAUUUUACCUGCCCUUAACUGUGCCCUAGUAGAAGCAAAAAAAUCACUUCCUGAAGAAGGAAUCCAUCCAAAUACAUUAGUAAAGCAAAAUUUCCAAGAACUGUGUAUGGAGGACAGAAGCCCUUCAUUGACUGCUGCUCUUCAGGAUGGAAUUAGAGAGACCGCAUUCUCUGGAAAACUGUCAGAUGGUUUUGACUUGGUUCCUCCAGCUGAAAAGUGCCCUUUAGAGUCUUUAAAUCUGUUGAAGUCUUAUUUUUCAGAUCCUAGUGGUUACAUUUUAGAAGUAUCUACUGCCUUGGAUUUGUUAGCAGAGGAUUCUCAGUCUCCUUGUAUUUCAGAUGGAAUUUGUGAUGCUGGAUUUUCUUUAGUUAUGACUCCAGAUCCUGAAUUUCUUGACUCAGAGGCAGAAGUAAGAAAAGACAAUGAAACAGAAAAUAAUUCUAAAGAAAGGUUGAAAGCAAAGAAGGGAACUGUGGUUCCAUUGAGUCCAGUAUCAAAUCUGAGAGUGCAGCCCAAGAGAAAGGCCAGCAUGCUUCCUGUGGUACCAAGUAAAAGGGUGAAUUUGUGCUGCCCCUUUCCUAAAAGAACUGUGCUUGGAGCAGGCAGUGGAUCACAGUCACCAACUACUCUUGAGUUGGUUAAAGGACAGUUUCCUCAGAAAAGAAAAAGAGGUGCGGAAGUGUUGACAGCACAGUUUGUACAGAAAACCAAAUUGAAUAGGAAGAACCAAGAAGCUCCUAUUUCUAAAGCUGUUCCAGUGUCAACAAAUGCUAAGAGGGCAAGGAAACAAGAAAAAUCUCCAGUCAAAACUGUUUUAAGAAAUAAAACAUCUAUGAAGAAAUCUCUUCACAAACAGAGGGUAAAUAUAGUAAAAGGCAACCAAAAUCCCAGAAUCAGAAAGCAGCCACAACCUGCCAAAGGAGAAACUGUUUCACAGCUUGAAUCACAAGUUUCAUCAGAUGGCCCAAAAGAUGCUAUUAAUGUAAAUACAGCUCAACCAGAAAAUACCACAGUGGAUCAGAAAGAUCUUACUGAAAACUCCAUUAUUAACUAUGAUUCCCAGGCCCUAAAUAUGUUAGCUGACCUAGCAUUACGAUCUGCUACUUCUUCCACGCUAUCAACUGAGCCUAGAAACCUUCCUUGCACUGAAUUGCUACAAAAUGAUAAUGUGCUCCCUAAAGAAAGUACUUUGCGAGGUACAUCUGACCAUGAAUAUCAUAGGGGAAUUAAAAGUCAGAAAGGUGGACUAUUAGUUAAGCCAUCCUCUGAUAAGAAGAGUAAUUCAGGGUCAGACUUAACUGUCAGCCAAGAUGAAGAGAACUUGGUUUCUUGUAGUCAGGCCCCUGCAAAAGUCCAGUCAGCACUUACUGCGGAAACGUCAGCCCCUUCAGAUGCAAGCCAAAACACUUUUGUUGCUGUGGAACAUUCAUAUGCCCUACUCCUUGCAGAACACUCCAAGAAAUAUCUACAACAGAGAGGGAUACCAGGUCCUGCCUUUGCCAAGAAUGGGACAAAAGGCCCUGAUGCAGGAACCCCAGUGGGAAAAGUCAUGCCUUUUCGGCAUCAGCAAAACACCUCCCCACUACAAAAGCUUUCUGAGGAUCCAUUGAUAAAGCGCAAGAGUCGAUUGAUGUCUUCCAACCUUAAAAAUGUUUAUUACUCUCAUAACGUAUUUAGUUGUGAUGGCUCCUUGAAGGUCACAUUCAAAUGUGAAGCAGAAUAUGCAUUCAGCUUAGAUAGCAAAUAUACAAAUAAUCCACUAGAAAAAACUGUUGUAAGAGCAUUACAUGGGCCCUGGAACACUGAUUUGCCUGAUAAUGUGGAGGAAGUGAAGCUUUUACUGCAUAUGUGGGUAGCUCUGUUUUAUAGCAAUCAGAACAAAGUCAUAAGAUCAUCCCGAAAAGUGGUAGAACACAGCAACCCAGCAAAAUAUGUGUCUAUAAAUAGUACAUUAGAAUCUUUUGAACUCAGUGAAUUUGAGGAGUUCCCCAAAGUGGAAAGAUGUUCUGCAGACCCUCUGUUGGAAACAAAUGAAACUUCCAAAGGUUAUGCUCCGGAAGUGUCCUUCCCUGACCAUAACUGCUUGCUUCCUUUCAUUAAAUCACCUCCUGUCAAAGGCUUGGAACUCUGUGUACAGAAUGAACAGAAAGAAAUUUUUGCAGGAGAGUGUCAUCUAGAUACUUCAGAAAGCCAGAAUUUCAUCUGUUCGUGUAAUAGUGAGGUAAUUGGGGAAAAAACUAAACAAGAAUCAUCAGCUAAAUUGGAGACUUCUAAACUUAUGCUUUCUGAUACUGGAAAUGCCCAAAUUAAUGGACUUUCUAUUCCUGGUAAAGAUAAAACCUUUCAGCAACUUGAUAGCACAACAGUGGUUCCUUACAAUGAUACUAUCACACAAGUCCCAUUCACCACAACUUACAGUGAGACCAGCAAUCAGUCAGUGAUGUGCCAAAAGUCUGUGUACAGCACCCUUGAAAGCAAAGUUGAUAUUUUUCAUGCACAAAUGCAAACAAACACAGGUGCUUUACAGGACCAUAUCCAUCAUAGAAGCCCCAUAAGCAAUGAAUGGCAGCCUUCCUUGGAGAGGACAGAUGAUACGGGGUAUGUAAUGAUUAAUCUGGAACCAGUUACUCUUACAUUUGACAAAAAUGCCUAUGUACCAGUACAGACAGAAGUUGUAAAUAGAGGUGAUAAACCAGUUACCUUUAAUACAGAGUUGAUUAAGCAAGUAUCACCUACUACAAGUCUGGGACAUCCUGUAUCCACAGUAGAGAAGUCACAAAUACAAAGUCUUGGGGGCAUUCCACCUCUAGCAAUGUCAGGACAGAAAGGUGCUAAUUACCUUUCUGCCUCUUUAGUAACUAGUGGAACACUUGCUGAAGAAACAUAUUCCUUACAGAAAGAGAUACCUCUUACAAUCUCAUCACCAUCUGAUAAUGCAAUGGUAAUGAAGGCAUUAUCGUUAGUUAAAGGUUCUAGUUAUCUAUCAGCUGAUGAUAAAAUGAAACAGUCUCAAGAACUUUUUAUGCAGACUCAGAAUCUCUUUAGCAUAUGUUCAGAAGAGAUAGUAGAGCCAUCACAGGUUGAAGUAGUCUCACCAUCAGCCUCUACUGCCUUGGAGAAAAAGUAUUCACUUAACUGCAUUCCAUCAAAAAUCAAUACAUCAGAUGACUCUUUUGAACUAAGAAAGAAUGACAAGAGUGGUGUAAACAAUGAAAAUAUGCAUUUUGAAUCAUUUAAUUCAAUAUUUGCCACUAAACAAACCAGCCUGUCUCCAAAUAGAGAUGAAGUUAGUCUAGAGUUAUCAGAGGAGGACUCUGAUAUUGACUUAACUCUAACAAUAUCUCCACCUACAAGUCCCAGAAAAGAAAUGCCAUCUGAUGAAAUAGAGCAACUUGAGGAUGUCCCAUUAUCAAGUAUAGAACUUCAGGAUGCAGUUGAAGAAAUAGCUGAGCCAGAAGAGGUGACCCUCAUGGAAAACAGACCAGUGAAUUCAGUGUGUCCUGCAAUGUCAGAAAAACUAUUAGAAAAUAAAGAGAAGAAAAGUGAUAAUUUACAACCAGUUACUUUAAUACUUUCUAAAGAAAAUUGUACCCUUGAAAUUGCAGAGGAAGUUGUUACCUCCGACUUUCGCUUUGAUUCUCUUAUUGAAGAAGUGUCACCAGCUUCUAGUCCUGACCCUCCAGUGUCAAUUGAAGAAACACGACCAACUCAGACUGUGUCACCAUGUAGUUUAAUACUUUAUGGUACACAGUGUGAGAAAACUAACAGAUUCUCCCAGAUUGGGUCAGGAGAUUUAGCCCUAACAGAAAAAGAAAAUUCUUUAAUUGGGCCUAACUAUACUGAAAGACAAGAUAAUUUCACUCAGGUACAACAAAUUCCACUGUCUGCUGAUACACCUCAAGUAUUAAGCAAUCAUCCAGGAAUAAAAGAUAGACUAGCACUUCCUGGUAAAGUAACAGAGGAAAUUGUCCCAACUGAGCAAGAUGAGGGUUUAUCUUUCUCAGAGAAGGAACAGUGCUAUGAUACAAAGUUAAACCAGCCUGCCUCAACUGGCCAAAAUGAAGGUAAUGUCAAGCCUUCCCUUGAAAAAUUGGUAAAAUCGGGAAAUUCAUUGCAACCAAUUAGCAUAGAGAACAGACAUUUGGACUUAAAACAUCUUGUCUUGGAGUCCAGUGAACGUCCAUUUAGUCCUAGAAAGAUUAAUGAAAAUAAGUCUUUGGCUGACACAUUAGUUUCUACAGCUACUCUAAGUGAUAUAAUGAAUAUGCCAGUACAACAGCAGACAAGCCCUAAAAGCAUUAAGAAAAAUUUCUUUCACAGUGAUUUGAAAACAGACUAUGGCAGUUCAAGUAAGGCCAAUCUGUUGAACUCUGACUCCAUUGAUGGAACUGAUGCUGUGCACCUAGAGAUCCCAAAGCUUGGUCCUCCCUCUGAUGGUACUACAUUAACCCACUAUGCAUUACCAGUUAGUGUAGAGCCAGGGUUUCGAACACAGGAAAUAUCUGUAGUCAGAAUGGCCAGUUUGCUUAAUAGUGAAACUGAAGCUGAGUUACAUGAAGAAAACACAGAUCUACAUGUUGCCAGCCCUCAGUCUAACAGCACAUCCACAAAAAGUGAACAAAAAAUCUACAUGCUGCAAAAUACAUCAUGGGAAACAAAAGAGCUGUUGAAUGGUGAGCUUUUCCCCAAGUAUGCUGGUCCUUACCAAAAAACAGCAGAUACCAGUGAAAAUAUCAAUAAAGAGCCUUCUGCUUUCUCUAUUGCAAAAUCCUUUGACUCUCUUGUUUGUGAAAUCUCUAAAGAGCAUGUGGAAAGUAACAGCACUACUGAGGGGUGCAGGGCUGAGGCUGAUUCUGAAACCCUAGACAGAGACAGACAGAGCAGUGUGAAUUCUGACAUAUACUAUGAUGCACUUUCUGAAGACCAUGAUCAAUUAGAUGUGGAGGAUUCUUAUACUUUGAGUGGUAAUCAUACCAGGAAAAAAGAUGCUACAAAAGGUGGUUUUGACACUUUUAUGAGGGUAAACAAUAAUGAUAAUGAAGGUUGGAGCUACUUUAACAAAGUUCCAGAGCUGGAAACCAGCAUUCCACCCAGAAGCUGGGCCAUUGGUUUAAAUAAAGAAGAUAAAUGUGUGCCAUGCUAUAUCCAAAUCCGAGAUCUCCAUGGUAUUCCUAGAACUUACCCUAACUUUACUAUAACAAAAGAGCUCAAAAAUACCACAGGAACAUUGCAUAGCCCGAGGAGGCAGUCAGGCUUGACAGCACACUGUGGCUUGCUCAGCAUCUGGACACGCAGGUGGCAUGUGCCAGAUGACCUCACCCAGAACACCUUAGACCUGGAGUAUCUGCGUUUUGCUCAUAAGCUAAAACAGUUAGUAAAGAAUGGGGAUUCUCAGCAUUCUACUCCCACCAGUAUCUUUCCAAAGGAAUCACCUACCCAGAUUGUAAAUGGAGCAUUAUCCUUGACAAAUGUGUCUGAGGUUCCAAUUCUACGUCCUACAUCCAAGAACAGAAGUCCCCUUCUGGUAACAGUUGUACAUUCAGAUGCCAGACAACAGAGUCAGCCCCUGAGAGGCCACUCACCCAGAAAUCUUGACAGCUCUCCUCCUUGGAAGGAAAGAAGUAGUUACAGUAGAAAUCUUACAAAUUCUCAAAGAAAUCAGACUGUUUCAUUUCACCUCAACAAACUGAAGUACAACAGUGCUUCGAAAGAAUCCCGGAAUGAUAUCUCUCUUAUUCUCAAUGAAUAUGCUGAAUUCAAUAAUGCAGUGAUGAAUAACAACCCAGUAGUUUUCCACGAUAAAGAUUUAAAUGCUGAUUCUGGAGAAACCACAUCUCAAGAGAUGUAUACAUCUUCCCCAAGACGGUCAGCCUCAUUUGAAGAUAUGAUUACAGACUUGUGUACCAGUUUACAUGUCAAACUAAAAAGUGUUAUGAAAGAAGCAUGUAAGAGUACCUUCCUGUUCUACCUUGUUGAAACAGAAGACAAAUCAUUUUCUUUAAGAACAAAGAACAUUCUGAGGAAAGGAGGCCAUACGGAAAUUGAACCCCAGCAUUUCUGUCAAGCUUUUCAGAGAGAGGAUGAUACACUAAUAGUCAUCAUCAGAAAUGAAGAUAUAUCAUCACAUUUGCAUCAAAUUCCUUCUUUGCUGCAGCUCAAGCAUCUACCCAGUGUCAUCUUUGCUGGAGUAGACAGCCCAGAGGAUGUUACUGAUUACACCUACCAAGAGCUGUUUCGUACAGGAGGCUUUGUGAUAUCAGAUGACAAAAUAUUAGAAACUUUAACAUUAGUUCAACUUAAGGAGAUUGUCAAAACCCUGGAAAAGCUAAAUGGAAAUGGAAGAUGGAAGUGGUUGCUUCACUACAGGGAAAAUAAAAAGCUAAAAGAAAUAGUAAGAGUGGAUUCAAUUGCACACAAGAAGAAUUUAAUAUUGAAAUCAUACCAGGGUGCAAAUAUCAUUGAAUUGCUUCACUAUCACCAGUGUGACUCUCAGUCAUCAACAAAAACAGAAAUUUUGAAAUGUCUGAUAAGUCUGCAAAUUCAGCAUAUUGAUGCCAGGUUUGCUGUCUUCCUUACAGAUAGGCCUACUAUAUCCAGAGAAGUCUUUGAAAAUAGUGGAAUCCUUGUUACAGAUGUAAAUGAUUUCAUUGAAAAUAUACAAAAAGUAGCAUCUCCAUUUAGGAGUAGCUAUUGGUGAUUGGACUGAAGCUUGCCUAUUCAUGAAUGAUGCCUAACAACAAUUUUCUUUGAUAAACAUGAGAUAGUCAUUUCAUAUUUUGAAAAAUCAAUUGUUCUACAACUUCAUUUUUAUAUUGCUAGAAUGUCUGAUUUCAUAGUAGUUGUUGAGCUUUGGGUCACAAUGUUGAAUAUUGUUUUAAAUUAUUUUAAACAGAAUGCCUUCAAAGCUAUUAAUUGGACUUACUAUUCAAAAUAAGAAUUUUACAACAUGUUUACAUAGUUGGAGCCAAGAAUAAGUAUUUUAAUAAUGAACAGCUGCAUUUUUAUAUGUUAAUGUAAUGCAUGUUGUGGUCUGUUUUAAAGUUUUGCCAUCCUUGUGAAACUAUAAAUCUUAAAUGGUUUUAUUUGCUAUUAUAUAAACAACACUACACAAAGUUAACACAUUUUUCCCUAAAUGGUACAAAUUUAUAAACUGUCAUUUUUCACUUACUCAGUUUUUGUAAAUACUACACUACAAAAUCAAUUCUGAGGAAACUUUAUGAUAUUUGAAUUUCUACAGUAAUCGUUAAAACUAAAAACCAAACAUUUAAGAUACUUAAUAUCUAUUUGGAACAAAAGUUUUUGUAACUAAUUUGUUUCUUUUUUUUAAUAAAGACAACCCAAAAGCACCGAACCAAAGUUUCUGCAAUGAUUUUAUGGCAAAAAAAAAAACCCCUUGUCUUAGCAAUCUGGAGCCAUUAAACAGGAAUAAUUAACCUUCCAGAGCAAUCCUACCACUUAGACCCUCACAGACCUGCCAGUGUUUCUGGUAUUCUUUUCCCUCCUCAAAGUCUUAGAAGGAGUUGAUAGUCACCUGUGGUAAAUAAACAGCCUGUACAGUGAGGCUUACCACUACUUAACAUCAAUAGGAGUCAAGCAUCAUAUAGUAUAUAGUAUCAGGAAUAGUAUUAUAGUAUUAUAUAGUAUCAGGAAUAAAAUGUGGGUCUACUCAUACUGAAGCCAGAUGAUGACAAGGACUGCUCUGAUCUGCCCAGAUCAGGAGCCACAUAUGCUCUUUGAUACUGUGCAUACCUUCUAUCAUCUUUCAGCUUUACUGAAGGAAACACUGAUAGUUACAGUCAGGACACAGACAGACCAAUACAGGGAGCAGUGGUAUCCAGAAUUUGGCUUUAUUUUGCAGUACAGAAAUCAUUUGGAGCCAUUUCAGACAGACUAAAGUAGAGGCUCUGUCAAAUCAAUACUGCAUUGCAGCUUGGUCCAUUGAAGAAGCCACACCUGUGAUAUAAAAGAUACUUCUACAUUUUACCUGCUUUAUGACAGAUUCCUAUCCCCUUGGUCUCACCAAUUUCAUUAGUUAAAACACCACAAAGUGGCUUCCUCCAAAUGAUUCCCUAACUCUGGAGUUUGGUUAGAAUUUUAUGCCCACAUAAACCAAAUCUGUGGCUAUACUAUUUGGGACCUGCCAUAAUAUGUGAUAAAACACAAAACAAAAUUAUAGGGAGAACUUGGGGGUGCUGUUUCAAAUUAUGGAAUAUUCAGUUGUAGAAUCUCAAUGUCAUAAGGACAGAUGGCACAGACAUACAGUUCUUGAGCAGCAGAGGCACACAACUGCAAAGGCUAUGCUGAUUAAAAGAUAAAAAUACUGUAUCAAGUUCUCUGUAUCAGUAUCACAAUGUUUGUUUAAAACUGAUCCUUCACAGGGUGUUGGGUGGUUUGGUUAAACUGGAACAGAAUGUGGUAACCUGCCAAUUCUGAAUAGCCACUCCAAGAACAGAAGUUAAUACAUGAUAUUAGAAAGAUGAAGGGGGAGGAAUAUUUACUGGUAUAGCGCUCUUCAAUCCCUCCAUUUUGAUUACAAAAGCAGGCCUUACAAUACUGAUUUCAUACAAUAUGCAAUAUUUGCCAAAUUUUAAAUUUGUCCUAAUUGAGUAACAUGUACUGUUGUUAGUCUUCCCCAUAGAUGUCAUUUUUCUUGCGCUUCAUUUCCUCAAAGUCAAACUCGGAUCCUGUCAUCCUCUUAUAGAUGUCUUUAAUG